CAAAUCUUUUUUCCCCCACACAUAUCUCUCCAUCUCCACACACACACACAGAAAAUACUGAGAGAGAAAUGAUGAACACUAAAGUAGCAUACCUGGUGGUUAUUUGUGCAGUUCUUGCUGCAGUGGUGGAAGGUGAAGCUGAGGUGGCGGGAUCAGCGGCGGUGAUGAAUUGCAACCCGGUGCAGCUCAGCCCAUGCGCGGCGGCAAUAUCAUCCUCCGGCAACCCAACUGGACAAUGCUGUGCUAAGAUUAAGCAGCAGAGGCCUUGCCUUUGCCAGUACAUGAAGAACCCUUUUCUCCAGAAGCUAAUCAAUUCUCCCGGAGCCAAGAAAGUCGCCGCUUCUUGCGGAACCCCGUUUCCGACAUGCUAAUAUAUAUACAUAUAUAUAAUAUUAUGUAUCUAUAUUAUGUAUGUAUCCUAUUUCAUAUUGGCUGAAUUCUAUCGUGUUUUGAUGUUACUAGCUUGCGUCGAUCUCUAUCGGUGAUUACUACUUGCCGUACGUACUUAGCUAUGGUAUUCGAGUCUGUUCUUGAAUUAAUUAAUUAUUAGUGAUGCUUUGUUUUGGGCUUUGUAAACUUGUUAUUGUUUA